ACACUGGUUUAGGCGGGGGUUUUGCUAAAUUGUUUGCCGUUGAAUCAUUAAGCUAUUGGGCCUGCAAUAUGGCAUUCCGACAUGCUCUACUGAUAGCCCACUCACAUAAUGGGCCCUAUAAAGCAACCACCCAUCGACAGGGCCACGCCACAAACCGAAAAAAAUGCAGCUCCGAUGCAUUGCCAUGGCCUGCCUCGCGAUGUGCGCCUGCCUCGUGCAGGCCCAGGACUACUGCCGGGCGGAGCUCUGCCCCGUAAACACCAUGCACAUUGGCUGCCGCAACCGUGGGAACUUUUCCCGUUCGUGUCCCCCCGACGCCGCUCGACUGGACAUCCAUGAGGCGGCCCGCAAGCAGGUGGUGCAUGCGCACAACACCCUGCGCCAGAAGUGGGCCAGCGGGGGCGGCGACACUGUCUCGAGGUCCGCCUGCCGCAUGGCCACCAUUUCGUGGGACCAGGAGCUGGCCCGCCUGGCCGAACUCAAUACCAGGCAGUGCCUCUUGGAGCACGACAAGUGCCACAACACGUUGAAGUACCGCAAUUCCGGACAGAAUCUCUAUAUGGCGGGAUUCGCUGGGAUCAUUCCCAGCUCCGUGGAGAGGAUACUCAAGCGAGCCAUGGACGAUUGGGCAGCCGAGGGUAGUGACAUCACAGGAAGGCAGCUGCAAGCCUUCCACCUAAGCGGACCGGAUGUAACCCACUUUGCGGUGAUGGUCAAUGAGGCGAACGUGGCCGUGGGCUGUGCCGUGACGCGAUUCAAGCAACAAAACUUCCACCAUUUCCUGGUUGCCUGCAACUAUGGCACGGGCAACGAACUGAAUAAGCCCGUGUACUCCUCCUGCUCGGUGGCAGGCAGCGGCUGCCAAACCAAGGCCAAUCCCCAGUACCCCGCUCUUUGCUCACAGGAGGAGCAGAUACAGUUCUAAGGAUUAAAGAUAGAAAUCACAAAU